CAAUUCCUGCAAUUUUCUGCCUCAACCCUCAUUCACACAACCGGUCACGCAGGCUACAGGUAGCCCACGCGCCACACCUGUCAGCUUCCACGGACUCUGUCACUCUGACCAUCUGGACCUCGGGGACAGGCCUCUGAUUGUGGGCGCAGCAGGGGUUGGUGCUGACGAGGGGUUGCCACACCUCUCAGUGGGUGAUGUUCUCCAUGCCAACCUGUAUACUCAUACCUAUCCGUGCCACCAUAACCUCAGCACCUCACCAUGUUAAGCCUCAUCAAACUACCUCGCGGCUUAACAAUCAAUCAGGUUCCCAAAGUGUUUCAUGAGCAUGGGAUCAUAUCGGGGUACAGACACCCCCACAGCUCAGCCAGAGAUUGUGUCCUUAGCAUCUUCCAACUGACCAAUGAGACCCUCAACAUCUGGACACAUUUCCUCCCGACAUGGUUCUUCCUGUGGAAGCUGCUGAUGGUUGCCUGGGCGAUGGAGGAGGGUGAGCGCGGCCGGCGCUCCUGGCCUCUGCUGGUGUUCCUGGCGUCCUGCUGUUGGUACCCACUGGCCUCCAGCUGUGCCCACACCUUCAGCAGCAUGUCGGUCAGGGCGCGACACAUCUGCUUCUUCUUCGACUAUGGAGCAAUCACCCUGUACAGUCUCGGGUCAGCAGUGGUCUACUCUUCUUACGCAUUCCCUGAGAGGUGGGUGAACAACACGUUGCACCGCUGGUAUGUCCCCAUCGCUGUCCUUAACUCGGUCAUCUGCACUGCUCUGGCCUGCUGCUCCAGAUUAGGCGUGCCGUUUCUUCACUACAAUGCUGACACAAUUAAAGGUUUGCCCGACUACCAAGGUACAAAGCUGAAGCCUCUUCGUAUUGUGGCCUUUGCAUACCCUUAUUUUUACGAUAACAUUCCGUUAUUUUACAGAUUAUUUGUGUGUGUUGGUGAGGGCUGCACAGACAACGAGGCCAACGGUGUCCAUCAUCAGCACAUAGCUCUGGCCUUCCUCACUGGCUUUCUCUUCGCCACUCGCCUGCCAGAACGGCUGGCUCCAGGGAGUUUCGAUUACAUAGGGCACAGUCACCAGCUGUUUCAUGUGUUUGCUAUUGCUGGCACGGUUGUCCAGAUUAAGGCCAUAGAGCUGGACAUGGCCUUGCGUCAGCAGUGGCUUCACUCACACUCUCCUCCCAUUACCUUCACCAACACCAUGGGGAUGGCUCUGGUGUCCCUCGCAGCCAAUCUGUCUGUUAUUUACAUAUUUUGUCAUGCACUGUUCUCACCCGCAAACCUCAAGAACAAAGACAACAAAUUGUCAAACAUUAUCAAGUGCCGUGACUCCUGUUCACCUAGUAGUGCCUUUUGUUGUCAGCAAUAGUUAGGUGCAACGGCACAUGAUUGCCCUCUUGACGGGUGUGAGACAGGAAAGCACUUUUACAGUUAGAGUAAUGUGUCACUCAGUGAACAAUGACUGACACAUCAAAGGGUCUGUUAUGUUGUUAUUUGAUAUGGCUUUUAACUAUUUGUUUGUAUACAAAUGACAAUGAAAACGAACUGGAAACAAACUAACCUAAAUGUUUCUGAUUCACUAUAGGCUGUAUAAAAAUAAUUACACUACUAGAAUCCAAAUAAUAAACAAUGUAAAAAAAAUCAGUUCAUUGAAUGUAUAGCUUUCUGAAAAUAUGUAAAUUAGUAAUUACAAUCUUGCCCGUGUAUUAAAGAAACACUAGACUACAUUUAAGUUUAGCAUAUUAUG